AUGCUUCUUGACACUGUAGGGAAAACAAUUAUUGGUAGCAAUGAUGUUGAACUUUGGGAUGGUUCGUUUGAUGAGAUUGAAGACCCAGAAAUACUUCCUCAGCCUAUUCGAGACUUGGUUGGGAAAUCUUUUUGUUUUGGUCUAGCCAUAACCAGUGACAAUGUAACAAAUGGAUCAGACACUCUUAAGGUCUCUGAGCUUCCUGGGAUUGAUCAUAUCAAUGAGAACUCAUCUGAAGAUUUUUCCACCUCAAGUAACAAGCGUAAGGAAGAUGAGCGUGAUCAAAUGGACAUGACAUUUGCAUCAAGAUCAUAA